AUUAUGUAUAAAGUGAAAGUAGGUAUUUCUCAGAAUCACUGCGUAUGUACAGAUCCUGGCAUCGAAAAAAGAUAAGAAUAUUUGUGUUUGUCCUAGUAUCGUAAAAUGAAAAGAAGAGGAAAGGACCAUGAAUUGGACUAAACGAUCGAAGAGAAAUUAUGCCAUAUACAGAGGGAUUGGUUAUCAAAUUAUGCAGUUUCUGUCCCGAGCCUCUAAAUUUGACCUGUACGGUAUGCGAAAUAGGACUAUGUUUUACGUGUUUGGCAGAUCAUUUAGAGACCGAAAAUGAGUUUGGACAUUACGUCUGUCUCUACAGAGACAAAUUAUCAAGUAAAAGCAUAAGGAAGUUGUGUAGGAAACACGCGUGGAACAUCUGUGAAUGGCUGUGCACUUCAAGUUUACUACCUGUCUGCCAUGAAUGUUUAGAUAUUGAUCCAGCGGUAAACAUACACAGCCUAGUUAGGCGAAACGUUAGGAGAAUAAGAAAUGAGCUAAGAACAUUGACCUCUGUUGUUAAACCACGAUACGACACAAUAAAAAAGGAGGUUUAUUUAAGUAUGGAAGCGCAGAGACCAGGGGUAAGACAAAUAGUUCGUCAUAUCAUCAACCUCGUUACAUCGCCUCAUUCGUAUGCCUUUAACUGCGAUUGGAGGGAAUACAUUAAUCGAAGGUUGGAGCGGAUGAGGGUAUCGGUGGUUAGAUUUGAUGGUAGUGUAUUUGAAGAGCUUCUAUUACAUGCUCUAAAGAUAGAGAGAAGAAUGAAAAUUCUCACAGACUAUGCCAGAGAACUAUCGGAUAAGCUUCUGGACUAUAACUUCCUACAGAAUCCAUGCGUUUACACUAUUGGUAAUCCGUUUAUAGUAUUAAAUGCUACACAAUUUUUUCACGAAGUACGUAAAACAAUCGCAUCAGCUACGCCAACAAAUCCAAAGGACAUUGAAAAGAAAACCGAGAGCAAGGACGUCCACACACCAGUCUCAAAGUCCUUCCUUCAGCGUCCAAAACUCUUAACUACAACCAAAGUAGCAAAAAGUGACCAAGAAUUGUCUAUUGAAAGUAUGUACAAUGGCUGUUCUCGCUUUGUGAUAGCGGCGGAUGGUCCUAUCUAUAUAUUGACGGUUCUAGUUUUCGAACAUAACGGGACGUCCAUGAUGCAUGGUAUAGUGGUACAAAAUCUCCAUGGUCAAAUUAUAUUUCACAAAGCCACGGAAGUGAUAUCUGAAAAGAGUCCAUUGCACUGUGCUGUAAGUUCAACACUGAAUCAAAGGCACCUCGUGGCUGUUGGGAGUGUGUUGAUGGAAGUAAAUCUGGAACAGGGAUUUGUUAGGAUACUCCAACGGAGCAAGAAAUGGAGAUAUGUGGAUUUAAGUUUCACAUACACAGGCUCCCUGCUUGCUCUCCAAGAAAAGAAUAAAGGAGGUCGUCUUCAUGAACGUCAAUACAGAAUUACAAGGUGCGAUUUGGAAGGAAGAAUUUUGCAUUUGAUCAACUAUGACACAAGUUCAGUUUAUUCCCCGUACAGAAUUCGGGAGAGAAUUGAUGGAGGUAUUUGUCUGAUGGACAGAGCUACGGGAAAUCUGUUUGUUCUAAAUAUUACUGGCGAAAUAAAAUACCGAAAUGAAGCCUCACCCUGGCGACAAUUCUUACUGCACCUGUUGUGUGACAGGUAUGGGAACACUCUUAUCUACGACAAUGCUAAAUCAUCUAUUCAUCUUCUUGAUGACGAUAUGAAAAUGAUACAUGGGAUAAAAUUAAGAAAAACUGUCAUCGAAAGUACCUGUAUAGAUAAUGAAAACAGACUGGUUUGCUUGUGUACCCAUAGUGAUGAGGAAUUUAAAAUCCAAAUUUACAGUUAUAUGGAAUUUGAAGACUGGGUCUGAAAUGUGAAACUGUCUUCCUGUGAUAGGGAAAUGGUUUUCUUUGGAAUUGUUGCAUCACUAUUUCCCACAAUGCAAUACAAAAUAAUGAAUGUAUAGAGUAUUUCAGUUGUACAUGGGAUCCAUUGUGCUAUCAGUUUAAAUGACUUAGCGUGCAUGAGAGGAUUGAGCAUUGCUGAGAGAGAAAAAAAACUGGAAGCUGCUGAAUUAAAGUUCAAUACAGA